AUGGCCACGCUGCUUGCUAGACCUUCGCCGAUCGUCGAACGCGAGAGAACCGCUUCCCCUACUCCUCCACCCCAACUCUCCAUCAACACAUCGCAGCGAGGAACUCCCGCACCAAUCCCCAACAAACACAUUCCAUACUGCUCUCCAGGCCCACGACCGACCACUCGGCAGCUUGAUACCCCGCCCGCUUCCCCGCCAUCUUCAACGCAAUUAAUCGAGACGACGUCGCUCACCCACCCGCCCAAUGCUGCCGACAAAGUGUUCAACGAUCCACCAGUCUACUGCAUAACGGCAGACAAUCUUGCGAGGGCCUUGGACCACAUCGCCACGCAGCCACUACCCUCCACCAAGCAGGUGUUUCCUUGGCUUCACGGACUGCACGCCGAGAACCAGCUGCAGCUCGCAUUCUUCAUUGCGAGGAAGAGGUCGUUACGCCGGACUCCGAAAUGCAUCCGGGGGUUGACCGUGGUCAAGGCCGGCGGCGAUUUGUCGCACAGCCGGCUGAAGGGUGCCAUUGCGCCCGAGGAACUGCUGAAGCCCGCACCACUUCCCAGGAGCAAGAAAGCGGAACCAGAGUUCAUCGACGUUGAUCCCAAGGAAGGCUUCAGCGUACGCAACUUCCAUAUCCAGACAUGCAAGAUGGCGACGGUGAGUGAUAUUGUUGUGUACGGGGACUGUCAAACUCCACGUGAAGAGGUCGCGCGGCUCGCAAAGAGGAUUGCAAAGGCGCAGACCGCCUGGCAGAUCAAGAUGGAGGGCCCAGAUGCUGGUGCUCGCUUGUUCAAUACGUUCAUCCUGUCCGACGACUAUGAGAUAGUAGAGUGUGAUUAUCCCGAUCUGAUUGCUCUUGACUCUGAAGGUUGCAUGACUGGCAAGGUCAUGGACUUUUUCCACUGGGAGAGGCUGGAGAUGUGCUCCAUGUCAGCACCUAGCGAAAUUGCACCGAACGUCUGGCUCGGACCAACACCAGACCCGUCACUCUCGAUGGGACCCGAUGGCCUUUGUACAGCUGACAGUCAUCCGAACUUUGAAAUCUUGGUAGAGUGUAGUGACAUUGCUCAAAUGCCCGACGCAAAGGCCUUUGAUUUCCUGGAGGAACUUCUGAAGCAAAAGGAUGAUACUGCGUGGAAUGAAAAUGUGGUGCACCAGCUAGAAUUUCCUGGCUCCGGCUCCAUCAUGCCACCUACCUGGUCCCAGGCGGAAGUUGACGGUCUCCUAGCUACCUGCCAGUGGAUUCACAAGCAAGCGACCUGUCGCUCCACACACGAGCGCCGAGAUAGCAAGCUUGCCCUGUCGCCAACAGUCGAUGCUCAAGGCGAUAGCUUCAUGCAACAGUCCUCCUCGUCCGAAGUGCCCGGGAAGCAAGUGCUGAUCCACUGCACUGAUGGCUAUACUGAGUCUUCGCUUCUCGCGUUGGCUUACUACAUGUACGCCAACUGUGUUCCAGUCCACGAUGCUUGGCUGCAAAUGCAUUGCGAUAAAGGUCGCAACUUCUUCGCAUACGCUUCCGACGUCCACUUGCUUCGCGCAAUACAGCCGCGUCUGCUGCAAGCAUCACCCAAGCAUUCGGGGAAUAUCAAGCAGCUUUGUCCACCUUCUCCCGAUUGGCUGGAAAAGAUGGAUGGCUCGUUGCCAAGUCGUGUCCUUCCUUAUAUGUAUCUUGGAAACUUGGGUCAUGCGAACAAUCCUGACUUGCUCAAGGAGAUGGGGAUCGGCCAGAUCCUCAGUGUCGGAGAGCCCAUCAAUUGGCCUCAAGAGGCGAUGGGUUCUUGGCCCAGGGAAGAUCUGCUCUUCGUGGACAAGGUGCAGGACAAUGGAGUUGAUCCGCUCACCGAGGACUUUGGCCGGUGCCUGGAAUUCAUCGAAAAUGGACGCAAGAAGGGCACUGCUACGCUUGUACACUGCCGUGUUGGGGUCUCCAGAUCUGCAACAAUCUGCAUCGCCGAGGUGAUGAACGAGCUGGGCUUGUCAUUUCCUCGCGCGUACUGUUUCGUUCGGGCCAGACGGUUGAAUGUGAUUAUCCAACCACAUCUUCGCUUCUCCUACGAACUUCUCAAGUGGGAGGAAUUCCAAUGCCAGAAGCGUGGCAAGCCUCUACGUCGCGAACUCGAAUGGGCCACCAUUUCUCGCGAGAUUGCGGCUAUGAACAAGCCAUACUCCCGGCAAGGCUGA